AUGGAAUGUCCUGGGGCUCCCCGCGCAGCAACGCGCCGCAUUGCCGUCUCCAAUGCACGCCCGAAUAUUGCACUGUCUACGCGGGCCACAAAACAUGAGGAAUACUCGAUGGCUGACCUGCGUUUCACAAUCCCGAAGGACGCAAAGACAGCCACGGAUAUCCCAAUGACGCUAAUUUACUUCAAUGAACGAUUGAAGGCGGAACGGGCACGCGACCGACUCACCCAGUGGGCCGCAGACGAGGGCAUUGAGAAUCUGACUGAUGGGACUUGCGUGGCGUUCUACCACGCCAAAGUGGGUCCAAAGCGAAAGCGGGAGCUUGAGUUCAUGUUGGCUGAGGGCCGUGUUCGCAUUCUGUGUUGCACGGAUGCUGUUGGAAUGGGAUGUGAUAUGCGUAACAUUGAACGGGUUGUUCUAUGGGAACUACCACCCUCGUUCUGCGCACUGGUGCAGCGGGCCGGUCGUGCUGCGCGAGACCUCUCCAGGAUGGGCGAGCCUAUUCUGAUCAUCAGCAAAAACUCGAUUAACAAAGGUGCAAAGACCUUGGAAGCCGAGAUCAUUGCUGCUGUCGAGGCUGCUGCGACGCAAGCAGAGGCGAUGAAUAUCGCCGAGGAGGCACCGGCAGAGACAGAGCAGGAGGGUGUCGAGGUUAACGAGGGUGGGCAGCGGGUGCUAGUGAAUGAAGGUGGGGUGCGGCAGGGCCACAUCAGGAAAACUCUUUUUCUCUGGCAGACCUGGUGCCAGGUCCUCCAGGUCUGCCAGGUCUGCCAGAGAGCAUCUGGUCCCAGAAGACAUGCCCAAUUCUAG